AUGGCUGGGCGUCACUCGGCCGCACGACUGUCACGAUGCAUUUCCUCGCGAUACCUGCCAGGAGCUCGUAGCUCCGUCCGCCACUUCCAGAGCAGUGUCCCUGCAUGCGCUGAGCAGUCCCAGCCGCUCUAUCCAUCUGUCGCCCAGCUCAUCCGUGAGAACAACAUCCCGGAAUCCGACAUAUCCAAAAUUCCCGCAACUGGACCCAAGGGGCGGCUCCUCAAAGGCGAUGUGCUCUCCUACAUCGGCGCCAUCCCAUCCGACUACCCAUCAAGCCUCUCUUCCCAACUCUUCGAACGCGCCCAGCUUGACCUGAGCAACAUCCGGCCCGCAGCAUCGUCGCCGCCACCACCACCACCACCACCACAACAGCAACAACCCCCAACAGCACCCCAAGCGGACCAGCGCAGGCCAUCAGAAGCCCCAGCGGCCGUCUCGCCGGAACCAAUCCCCGCAGAGCCCUUCGAAACCAACCUCGCCCUCCCGAUCUCCCUGUCCCGCGUCCUCCGCGUCCAAAAAAGAGUCCGCUCCGCCAUCGGAGUGACCAUCCCUCUUUCGACAUUCAUCGCCCGCGCAACGGACAUCGCGAAUGAUGAGCUGCCCUCCACGCGCACCCGCGCCCGUCAGGAGAUCGCCGACCAGCUCUUCGCCGAGGUAAUCGGCAUCCGGAGCUCCGCGGCUGACGAUCUCCCUGCAACAUCGAGAGGAGACUAUUUCCCGGAUAUCAUCUCGGCGGCAGAGCUUGACUCUGCGGCCGAAGAACCCACCACCCCCGCAGCGGAUAUAAUCGACAUUCUCUCCGGAAAAGCACCCGCUUCUAAUGGCGCUCGUCGCUCGCGGACAGCAGCAGAGAGACCAGUGACCGAGAGCGACUAUAAGUCAAGCGUGUUCAGCCUUACUGUCCCUGCAUCCGAGAGGCUCAGGGGCCAAGCUUUCUUGGAGCGGAUGCAGGCUGUUCUGGAGGAUGAGCCGGAGAAGCUGGUUGUCCUCUAA